CUGCCCGGGAGGCAUGAACCGGCGCCGCCUCUGAUAAGGAGGGACAAAAGUACGCAUGGGCUCGACAAAGAGAUUGGUUAACAUGUUCAGUUCAACACGCCAUCAAAGCCGGGGUGCGUAGGCGAUCUACUACCUAAAUGCUUGAAUCGACUCCAACCCUUGCCCAUUGCCAUCAGGCAGCAUAUUUGUGAGAACUAUGACGGUCAUCCUCAGAAUCUUCCCGGAGAGACACUUUCUUUUUCGCGGACUUGUUUCUCUCCCAUUCUUGCUGUAAUGUCAUUCAGCAGCUAUCCCACGUUGCCUGACAAAGUGAGGUGCGACGUAUGACAAUGGCACACUGUGAACCUGAUGCAGACAACACAUUUGGCCCAGUGGUAGCCUCUUGUGCUCGAUCCUUCGACUUUACCCUCCUCUUCGAACAAAGCGUUCUCUCCCUUGUUCCCAAUGCUGUCUUCCUGCUCUUUGCAGCCUCACGCCUAUGGGUUCUGCUUCACGUACCAACCCGCACCACCAAGCAUGGCUGGACCUCGAUUGCCAAAGUCAUAGCCGCUUGCAUCUUGGUCGUCAUUCAGCUGGUGCUUCUACUGCUUUACACCGCCGCAACGUCCGUCAACAAGGCGACAUCCCUUUCAGCGACGGUGGUGGCGAUGUGUGUGGCUAUAUUCGUUGCUCCUCUGUCGUACCUCGAGCAUCAUCGUUCUGUUCGACCUUCGACCCUCCUCAACUCCUAUCUAGCCCUCUCAAUUAUUCUUGACAUCCCUCAAGGUCGGACACUAUACCUUUUACAAGGUCAGGGUGAACUUGCAGGGAUAUUUUCCGCAGCGAUGGCCGUCAAAGCUGUCAUGCUCCUACUUGAGGCAUGGAGCAAGAGAAGCUUUCUCGAAAUGCAGUACCAAGCUCUGCCCGUGGAAACUACCAGCAGUAUCCUGAGCCGCGGGCUGUUUGUAUGGAUGAACGACUUGUUCAUUUCAGGAUUUAGGAAGGUGAUAUCUUUCGAAGACCUCGGUGCAAUCGAUACCAAGCUCGACUCUGCGACCAUUCAUCGGCGAAUACAUGACGAGUGGUCAAAGCAAGACUGCCAAGCUAAAUGGCCUCUCCUCCGGUCGCUAUGGAGAGCGCUUCGGUGGUCUAUCUUGUCAACAAUACCUGCAAGGCUCUGCUACAGUGGAUUUGUCUUCGCUCAGCCCUUUCUCAUUCGUCGAGCCACUGGUUACCUAGCUCAACCACGCUCAGCAAAUGACAUCGGUUACGGUCUCGUGGCAGCUACCGGUUGUAUCUACGCGGGAAUAGCGAUCUCGACCGCUCUCUACAAGCACCAGUUGUACCGGCAUAUUACAUUGGCCAGAGGUGCUCUCGUCGCGCUUAUCUACUCUGAGACGCUCUCCAUGGAGCAGGCCCUUGACGAUCCUUCGGCUGUCUUGACGUUGAUGAGCACCGACGUAGACCGGAUCUGCCAGAGUUUAGUUGUGCUUCCCGACCUCUGGUCUCGUCCCCUGGAACUGGUUGUUGGCACUACUCUGCUAGCAUUACAGAUCGGUUGGGUGUCUGCUAUGCCGCUAAUUGUUGUUCUCCUUAGCAUCACCGCCGAUUCUAGGGUCACCAUGAUGAUCGGCGGAAAAGUCAAGAUAUGGAAUGAUGCGGUCCAACAAAGAAUCUCGUUGACGGCUGAUGUUCUGGGCUCUUUGAAGCUCAUCAAAACUCUAGGACUCACCGGACCCAUACAUUCGAUGCUGCAAAACGAAAGACUGCGCGAAUUGCGCUUCCAGGCGAAGUUCCGUCACGCGACUGUUUGGCUGAAUACCUUGGGAAACGUACCGCCUGCUCUCGCUGCAGCCGUGACAUUCAUUGCAUAUGCAAUCAAGGCCAGAAUUGAGGGUUCUGCCUCACUGAACGCCUCUGACGCCUUCACGAGCCUUGCUCUUAUCUCUUUGGUCACAACCCCUGCAGCCGAGAUUCUGACAGCGUACCCAGCUGCAGCCUCAUGCAUUGGCUGUCUAAGCAGGAUCGAGACACACCUACUGAAAUCACAAGUUCGGACUCCGAGUCGGGAUGUCGCUGAGCUUGGUGCUUUGCCGCAAAGGCCAAACUCUGGUGAUCCGUGUAUGUCUCAUUCCGACGUCAAAAUGCUCGGCGGCUCUCGUGACAUUCUUCGAAAUGUGGACUCGAUUCUGCACCCCGGAAGCAUCACGUUCAUCCUUGGGCCUGCUGGCUCAGGUAAAUCCACAUUUUUGAAAGCUGUGAUGAGUGAGAUUAGUCACUCGGCGUCCAUACGGUCUACAGGGGAGGUCGUCUACUGUGAACAAACCCCAUGGCUCUUUACGGGCACUGUGCGGGAAAAUAUUUGCGGCACCAAGGCUGAAACUUUCGACGAGGGCUGGUAUCAGACUGUCCUUGCUGCAUGUGCUCUCCACGACGAAGUGCUCUCACUGCCACAGGGCGAUCUGACACACAUUGGUGGACAAGCUACCGAUCUAAAUGGAGGCCAGAAACAGCGUAUCGUGCUCGCCCGCGCUCUGUACCGGCGACCUCGCCUGAUCGUUCUUGACAACUUACUCAGUGCUUCGAGCCUUCAGACACAACGAAUGGUUAUGAAGGGUUUACUGGGCCGAGAUGGACUGCUACGAAAACUCCGUGCGACUGGAGUUAUUGUAGCCCAAACUGCGCGUUACGCAGAGAUUGCGGACAACUUGAUAAUGAUUGACAGUGAAAGAAAUGUCACUUUGGUUCAGAAAAGAGCCAGACUGGAAGAUCGCAUUUUCGAGACCGAUCCGAAUGAAUCCGAAUGCACCACAGAGCCGAAAACAAUAGGCACUGUCGAGGAAAAGGACAAAAUCAUUGAAGUCGCCCCCGAGCCCACAACGGGAGAGAAACAUGGCCGCAAUGACAGUGACUUCUCAGACUACGCUUAUUAUUUCAAGAGCAUGAGUUGGAUAUGGGUGGUUUUGUUCUUCCUGUCCGCCGCCGCACAGACCCUUUGCUAUUACAUGUCCCAAGUCAUCUUGCAGUGGUGGACCGCAGACGGUGGCCUAGACAUUGCGAAAUGGACGCCGCUCUAUUUCACCCUGGCUUGUGGCAAUGCCGUAUUCUUUGGUAUUACUACCUGGGCAAUGUUCCUCAAGCUGGUGCCGGAAUCUGCGGCAAACUUACAUCACAUCCUCCUCGACACUGUGACGAACGCGACAUACUUGUUUCUAGCAAAGGCCGAUGUCGGCGUAUUGCUCAACAGAUUCAGUCAGGAUAUGACUCUGAUCGAAUCCCAACUACCCACUGGGGUCCUCUGCACGACGAUCUAUCUUUUCUGGACAUUCGGAUCCUUGGCGCUGAUAUGCAACGGAUCAAGAUGGAUGGCCCUGACCAUUCCAGCGGUCCUGCUCGCGCUGUUCUUCAUUCAGUGGAUCUACCUCCGAACAUCUCGUCGACUUCGGGUUAUUGAGCUUGAACUCAGAAGCCCGCUGUAUUCCCACUUCCUCGAAACAAUGAAAGGACUCAGCAGCAUCCGAAGCCUCCACUGGGAGCAACAGUUUACAGACUCCAUGAUCAAGAAGCUCGACGACUCGCAAAUUCCUUAUUACCUGCUCUACUGCGCACAAAGGUGGCUCCAACUUGUUCUGGACUUGGUCAUUGCCGCACUGGCGUUGAUCGUGAUGACCUUGGCCGUCAGCCUACGGACGUCCACCAAUCCAGGUUCUCUAGGUCUUUCUCUUAACAAUAUCCUGAGCUUCAAUGACAUAUUGUCCUUUUUGCUCCAGUACUGGACACUGUUGGAGAUCUCGCUAGGGUCGAUAGCACGAAUUCGAGAGUUUGGAACUGACACAGCGCAAGAGAUGACCCCUUUAACCAGCACUCAGAUCCCCCCUACUUGGCCGAGUCAUGGCAGUAUCGAGCUCUGUAACAUCACUGCGAGUUACAGCGCAGCCAAGGACGCCCUCAAAAACCUCACAAUGUCAAUUCGGCCAGGUGAAAAGGUAGGGAUUUGCGGCCACCCUGGGAGUGGCAAGACCUCCCUUCUCCUUGCAACCUCGAGACUGCUGGAUGUAUCACAAGGCUCGAUCAUCAUCGACGGUGUCGAUCUCAACACCAUCCCUCACGCGGUGAUCCGAGAACGUAUCAUCACCGUCCCCAAAGACUCCUUUCUUGUCCAGCAGAGAUCUAUGCGAUUCAAUGUGGAUCCCAGCGGCGAGUAUGACGAUAUUCAAAUCAUCUCUGCACUCGCCAAGGUUUUGCUGUGGCCGACGCUCGAAAAGAAAGGCGGCCUCGACGCGAUCGUCACCUCCGAGUUCCUAUCCCAGGGCGAGAAGCAACUAUUCAGUCUAGCGCGGGCCAUUCUCCGCAAAAGCCGACACGACCUCCGCAGCAACAGUCCCGGCGGCGCCGAGACCGAUACGAAAAGUCCAGAGAAACAGAAACACCCCGAAUCAAAAGGCGUGCUCCUCCUCGACGAGGAUAUGAGCCAGCUGGACCCGGCCAGAGAGAAAGCUGUGUGGGGGGUGAUCAGGGACGAGUUUGCAGGGCACACCAUCUUGGCCGUCGCGGGACCUCACCAGCGGCUCGACUCGGUUUUGGACAGUGAUCGCGUCGCUGUCAUGGAGGACGGGAGGCUGGUCGAGUUUGAUGCCCCCGGUGUCCUUCUCGCAAGGGGUGAUUCGGCGCUUCAGACGUUGUAUGAGACGGGCGCGAGGGAGGAGCUGUGGGGUUAGAUUGGCAACGCCUUGUCGCCGUCUCCAGCGAUGCAUCUAGUGGAGAGGGAUUGUCUGAAUGACCUGCCACCGGCACGAGGAGAUGUUACGAGCCCGGGGAAUGGGAUCAGGAGGACAUGGAGAAGACAAUCCCGAAAAACACUGCGACGGCGUCCAUUACACGCGCUUCCAA